AAUAGAUUUCACUUAGGGCUUUUAUACAAAAUAGGAGGUGACUGAUUUACUUGCAAUUGAACUAAAUCUCUAAGCGUUAUGGAAAAUAUUUCAAAUUGGUUUUGGUCGGAUGAAUUCUGGCUCCCUGCUGGAAUUUAUUUUAAAGAUUUGGAAGACAAGCCUGGUUUUCAUUACGCAAAACCACGAGAUUUAUUUGCUUUACCAGUGUGGGCAAUCAUAAUAUUUUGUUUGAGAAAAGUGUUUGACUAUUUUUGUACACCUGUUCUAGCCAGGCAGUUGGGAAUUAAAGACUCGCGUAAAAGACCGGAGCCCAACACUGAGCUGGAGCAAAUUUACAAGAAAAACAAGUCCCCAUCGAAUGAUACAAUUCAAGGGCUUGCCAAAAAAGUUGAUUGGAGUAAAUUGAGAAUUCAGACAUGGUUUAGAAGAAGAAGAAACAUGGAUAGACCAAGUUUGGUUCAAAAACUCAGUGAAGCUAGUUGGAGAUGUUUUUUCUACACAGUUGCUUUUACAUUUGGAAUAUGUACAUUAGUUCAAUCACCUUGGUUUUGGGACAAUUUGUACUGUUGGGUUGAUUAUCCAAGACAGAGUAUGUGGACAUCUGUGUACUACUACUAUAUGCUAGAAGGUGGUUUCUACUUCUCUCUUUUGUUUUCAAUCAUGAGUGAUGUAAAAAGGAAAGACUUUGUGGAGCAACUAAUCCACCACAUGGCUACAAUUUUCCUUAUUGUCUUUUCUUAUGUCGCGAACUUUGUUCGAAUUGGUUCCAUGGUGAUGGCAAUCCAUGAUAUAUCAGAUAUUAUUCUUGAGUUUGCGAAAUGCUUUGUUUAUGGAAAAAAGACUGUUUGGGCCGAUAAUCUUUUCACGGUCUUUGCAAUUGUGUUUAUCAUCUCGCGACUUAUUAUUUACCCCUACUGCGUUAUUCAUACCACAUGGGUAAAGAGCAUGUGGCUUUUUAAGCCUUAUGCGGGCUACUACUUUUUCAAUGCCCUCCUCAUGGUUCUCCAACUUCUCCACAUCUUCUGGGCAGCGAUCAUCGUUAAGAUGGCGAUCAGGAUGGUGAUGGUUGGUAAGGUGGAGAAGGAUGCGAGGAGCGAUGUAGAAGAGGAAAGUGAAAACGAGGAUGAUGAGAAUGAACCUUCGCAUCCAGUGUCUAAUGGUAAAAAGAUGGCAGUUCAAAAUANCGGNACAUGAUUUUGUAUUCAACAGCUGUUGGUAUCAUUAUACAAAAGAAUGUAAUUUUUGUAGCACUGUUUUAUUUUAAUCACUUUUUAUUUUAAUGGGCUGUGCGACCCUAAAAUAUAUACAUGUGUUAUACAUUGUGCAUUACAUUUUAAACAUUAGCAAAAGUUGAAAUUUCUCUUUUUUACAUGCAACAAAACUGAGCAACAUUGCAAUGAAGCUUUGUUUGCUACUUCCUUAUGAUGUUUCAACAUUCUUUUCAUGUUUAUUAUUUGCAUGCCCUAUGCCUGAACUAUUGUUUUGCAGUCUAUUCCUUACCCUACCGAAUUGGAUCGAUUGCGGUGACUGAAAAAGAUUCCAAUUUGCUGUUUUCGCACUUUAAUACGUCCUGACCAAAUUACUUAGUUAAACUUUUUCAAAAUUUAUAAACAGUUGACACAUUUGUACAUUAUGCCUGGAAAAUUGUGUUUAAGCAAGUGAACACUAUUUAUGUUUAAUCACUUACUUGUGCUAAUUGUUUAUUAUGAAUAUCACUUUUUUAGUUUUCACUUAUAUCUGUUUGCAGUGGUUUGUAUCUUAUUAUACUUUUAUUUGUAAAAUCAUGUCAAGUAAUUAUUUCCCUAUUUGUAAUAAUCCUAUACCGCAUAUCUUUCUUACGGUACAGAACUCAUUUCUCUAUUCCAUGGCACUUAAACAGUUUCAAGCAAUAUAUAAAACUAAUUAUCUACAAUAUUAUGGUGUGUUUCCUGCAUACCAAUCCUCAUGGCAAAAAAUCUAUUUUUUUACCUUCACCUUUCAGGAAAUAACAAACAAUAUGAAUCACUUUAUACUCAGAUUUGGAAUUAUUUUUAAUAUUAAACCGUCAUUUAUACGAGAGAAUUCUUACGUUGUGUUGUAUCUUGUAUUCGCCAUCGUAUCUAAGUUUCAUAAUUACGUAUGCAUUAACAUCUAAGCUUCAGAUUCAUGAAUUUAGAAAAUGCCUUCUUUUAAUAAAAUGUAGUAGCCUGCUGCUGUUUAACAA